AUGACUUCUUACAAGCUUGUUUAUGGAAAGAAUUGCCACUUGCCGGUAAAGCUUGAGCACAAGGCCAUGUGGGCCAUCAAAACUCUGAAUUUUGAACUAACUAGUGUGGGUGAGCGACGCUUGCUUGAUCUCCAUGAGUUAGAGGAGCUCCGCAUGAAUGCCUAUGACUCGGCGAGCAUCUACAAAUCCCGGUCUAAACAAUAUCAUGACGCUAGGAUUGAAAAGAGAGAGUUCAAGGAGGGGGAGAAAGUCCUCCUUUAUAACUCCCGGUUGAAGUUGUUCCCGGGAAAACUCAUGUCCCGGUGGAGCGGUCCAUUCGAUGUUGUUCGGGUCUCCCCGCAUGGUGCAAUCGAGAUUCGGAAUGAUGAUUCCGGUCCCUUCAAAGUGAAUGGUAAUCGCCUCAAACACUAUUCCAUGGGUGAUUCUAUUGGCUCCUUUGCUUCCUUAGACCUCAAAGACCCCCCAUGA